AUGUCGCAGAGCGGGAAGUUGAUGCCCAAUUUAGAUCAGCAGAGCACCAAGGUCCUCAAUCUCACCGUCCUUCAACGGAUCGAUCCUUUCGUCGAGGAGAUCCUCAUGACCGCGGCCCACGUCACCUUCUACGAAUUCAACAUUGAGCUCAAUCAAUGGAGCCGCAAGGAUGUCGAAGGCUCUCUAUUUGUCGUCAAGAGAAAUACACAACCCAGAUUUCAGUUCAUUGUCAUGAACCGACGCAACACAGAUAAUCUGGUUGAGGAUCUCUUGGGAGAUUUUGAAUAUGAAGUUCAAGUUCCAUAUUUGUUGUAUCGGAAUGCAGCCCAGGAAGUUAAUGGUAUAUGGUUCUACAAUGCACAUGACUGUGAAGCUGUUGCAAAUCUUUUUGGCAGGAUACUGAAUGCAUACUCCAAAGUCCCUCCAAAGCCCAAAGCUUCAACUAAAAGCAGUGAGUUUGAAGAGUUGGAAGCUGUUCCAACGUCAGCUGUUGUGGAAGGUCCUCUGGAGCCACCACCAACAUCAUCUGCAGCUGCUGCUGUUCCUGAUGUUCCCGAUGAUUCAUUUGUGAACUUCUUCAGUACAGCUACAAAUAUUGGGAAUAUAUCAAAUUCAACAGUAACCGGACAACAACAUCAAUCUUCUGUGGCAAUUCCUUCAUCUUCCCAUGUACCUAAUGUCAUUCCAUCACCUGCGCCAACCCUGCAGUCUGCCCUUUCUCUGCCAACUUCAACCCCUCCUCUAAUGCCACUCCUUGAUGUUCAUGAAUCUAGCAGCAAUAUUAAUCGUGUUACAAAUCUGGUCAAACCUUCCCUUUUUGCACCUGCGCCCGCAUCUUCUUCAUUGAUGAUGCCACCAUUAGCAUCUUCUAUGCCCACUGCUCCCCCACUUCAUCCUCCUUUAACCAUGCAGCGUCCGUAUGGUACUCCGUUGCUUCAACCAUUUCCUCCACCUGCUCCACCUCCUUCGCUUACUCCUGCUCCAAACUAUGGUUCCGUUAUUACAAGAGACAAAGUCCGGGAUGCAUUGCUGAAGCUUGUGCAGAACGACCAAUUCAUUGAUAUGGUGUACCGGGAGAUGCUGAAUGCACAUCUUUCAUAAAACUGAAGAGUGGGGUUUUGGAGUUGUGCCUGCUUUUGUUCAUGUGGUUUCUUCAUUUCCUGUGCUUGUAGGACGCUCGCUUAUCUAGCUUUGUAAGUCUUUGCCGUACUCAUGGGAACCCCUAUUUUAUGCAAAUUUUUCGUACAUAUAUCAGUAGUGACAUUGUACAGAUGUUCAUUUUGUGUUUGUGAAUUCUCAGGUUUUUCAUUAUUUCAACACCUGAUUGUGGAGCAUAUAAAAAAUUGAAAAAUAACAGGUGUUUUGUGCUACUCAUCUCCA